GCAGCGCCCCGCCGCUUUGCCCCACCACUCCCGCGAAGCCCAGCCCAGACGAGCCUCCCGCCGCCGGACUCCUCCUCUUCUGACUCCCCGACACCGCCCAUUUCCAACCGGCGGGCUCCAGGCCCCGCCCCGCCCCGCCGGCUGCCCGGUUUGGCUCGUUUCUGACUGUGCUUGCUGUUGCCGCUGCCGCAUGCUGUUUCGUGCCGUUGCCGGAGGAGCAGGAAGAUGGCGGAGCCGGAGCCGGAUUGCAGCACGCUUCUGGAUGAAGACCUCUCCUCCUUCGUCUUCAACUAUCUCUCCGACAGCCAGUACGAAGUCUCUGGUGAAGAGCACCUUUACUCUGAUUUCCCAGAGAUUGAUUUGUCCCCGUUGGAUGCCAGUGACUUUGACUCAGCCAAUUGCUUCAGCGAGUUCCAGUGGUGGUGUGAGCACUCUGAAACAGAGUCCAGCCAAUACAGCACAGAUGACUCUGAACUUUUUCAGAUUAUAGACAGCGAGAAUGAAGCUUUGCUGACAGCUCUCACUGAGACACUGGAUGGCAUUCAGGGAGAAGACAUGGGUCUGGCUGCCUUCAAAAGUAUGGACGAGGGGGACAUGCCCAACAGCGGCUACACAUCACCUAUCCCCUCUCCCAAACAUGCUGCACCAGUCACGAGGGGGCCUCCUCUGGCCCAAGAGGUUGAUGAGCUGUCUCUACUAAAGAAAUUGCUUCUUUCUCCAUCCAAUGUGCCUCCAAGCUAUGAGGUUCAAAGAGAGGGGAGUAUAUGGCGUCAAGGAGCUCCUAAAUCCAGACCCCAGCGACCUUGUGCAAAGGUGGAAGGUGUCCAAGAGAGAAAGUCAAGUUUUCUUCAGGCUCAGAGUCGGAACUGCACCGAGCUUCAUAAACAUCUUACCACCACGACAGCCGCCACCACACACUGCCUGCAUGGAAAAGGCAGUGGGCCACUAGACAAGUGUCAUGUUGACAACAGCAGCAGCUGCAGUGAACCCCAGAGACAUUACAUUCAAAACAGAGAAGAUAGCAAUUUAAGCGAAGAUUUGUUGAAUCGCAGUAACACUGUAGCACCUCCUCUCUCUUCUUCUGAAAAAGGCAUUGGAGACAAGGACCUUCAUGCUGCAGUGGAGCUUAUCCACUACAUGCAUACCUAUUGCCUUCCUCCAAGAAAGCUGCCCUCCAUACAUCCUGUUGAUGGAAAACACCAGCCUUUUCACAGCCCCUCCAAAAGAGCCAAGCCAGAUUUCCCCCUGCAGCGGCCUCCACUCUGUGGGAAUGGCAAUUGCCCAUCCAGCCCUUGGCACUUCUCCAUGCGCUACAAACAAUCCCGAACUCCCUUUUCUGAAUUUUCCAUCCUGAAAGAGCUGCUUGCCAGAGAGCUCCCAUGUGAUGUGAGUAAGCCAUAUCGAUUAGCGAAACCUGUGUAUGCCUCUUUGGCCAGGUCACAGCCUCCCAAAACUUCAAGAGCUUCACCUCACCAUACUGGGAGGGAAUCUUCUGAUGGAUAUAAGCCCACAACCAAAAUAAUACCAGAAAUGAAAACUGAGCUGAGACAAACUUUCAAAGUAGAGUCUGAGGCUGAGAAAGAGACUGCACUAGAGGAUGGUGCAAAGCAGGUGACUCUCUUGGGUCAGGGAGCCUGUGGGAAGUCAAGCCACAAGCAGGAAAGCUCUAUUUAUGCAGUGCGGCGCUCCAAAAGACUCAACCCUGAGCUCAGUGUUUGGCAAUCUUUCCUUGAUAAAUCUCCCUCAGAACCUACAGCGUCCUCAGUGACCACUGCAAACACAUUUGCUUCUACAGAGCCUUCCCUCUGCUCAUCUUUGCAAAACUUUGAUACAGAAGCACCAGCAGCAGAAGUAGAAGUGAGUGGUGCAGAUGAGAUGGAUGGUGGAUAUCAGACUUUCCCAAUGGAGUUGCAGACCCCUUCACCAGAAAGUUCUAGGGAAAGCGACACUUAUACAGCAAAUGAGAGUCAGUGCUUCACCCCCUUUCAUCAAACAGAAGCACCACAGUGUCUGUCAUUGCCCUUGGCACAAACAGAAUCAACACUUGGGAAGCGUAGCUUUGAUCAAGUUCUGACUGUAGAGCUGUGUGGCACUGCAGGUCUCACACCACCAACUACUCCUCCAUACAAGCCUUCAGAAGAGGACCUAUAUAAGCCAGACAUUCACCAGAGACCAGCACAGAAGACUGCUGUCAUCACCAGCUCUGAGGCACAUCCAAUGAUCAGUCAUAGGCCAACUUCCAGAAAGCAUCAGAAAAAGCACCCAGUGCGGACAGAGCUUUAUGCCCACCUGAGUAGGUCUGCUAUUCACCCUUCUCACUCUGAGCAACAUGGGGUGUUGAAACGCCCUUUCUCACGGUCUUUUGGUGAUCACGAUUAUUGCCAAGUCUUGAAACCUGAGUAUUCGCUCCAGAGGAAGGUGCUGAGAUCUUGGGAGCCCUUGAGCCAUAUAGAAAGCCAACACAAGAGACAAGUGCCUGAUGUGCCCUAUCAGGAAGCAAGCAAGAAGAGUUUUGAUAAAAGCUCAGUGAAGAAUGGCAGCAAACAGCUGAGGGACCAAGAAAUCAGAGCCAGUUUGACCAAACACUUUGGUCUCUUGGACAGUGCCCUGGAUGAUGAAGAGGCCCUGUUCUUCAAAACUCCUGAAUAUGAUACACUCUUUGAAGACAGCUGCAGUGAGAUUGGUUCUCCAUUGGAGGAAGAAGAGGAGGAGGAGGAGGAGGGCUACAUGAGUCCAUUGGGUUCCAACAGAUGUCCACACAGUAAUCCUCUUUCUAGGACCAAUUUGCACUAUAGUUCCCGAAGCAGAUCUGAUUCAGAGUCUUCAUGCUGCAGAACUAGGUCUCCAGUCAGCCAGCAGGUUUUCAGACGUGAAAAUGGCAAGCAUUGUUCAGAUGGAACUAUGAGCAGCCGGAGACAGAUGGAGAAAAAAAGAGAAAAAGCCAUUGGAGAAGGCCGUGUAGUAUACAUCCAAAAUCUUGCCAGCAGUAUGAGCUCUAGUGAACUGAAGAAGCAGUUUGAAGUGUUUGGAGAGAUUGUUGAGUGUUGCAUUUUGACCAAGAAUAAAAGGGGAGAUAAGUAUGGUGUCAUCACAUACCGGUGUUCUGAGCACGCUGCCUUGUCCUUGAAGAAUGGUGCUUCACUGUGGAAAAGAAAUGAGCCGUUGUUCCAGCUGGCUUAUGGCGGCUUUGGACACUUCUUUUGGACCAGAUACACUGAUUUGGCAGAUUCCAAUACAGAAGAGUCCUCUCCAGCUCCAGUAAAAAGCAAAUAUGAAACCAUGGAUUUUGACAGCCUGCUGCAGGAGGCCCAGGAAAGUCUGCAUCGGUAACAGCCUUAACCUUUGAGGAAUACCUUAAUACCUCAGUCAAGGCACUUCCAAUAUGUUUACGUUUUCAAGAAAUGAUUAAAUAUACAACGAGGGAGAGAGAGACUGCUGACCCUUUAAAUUGAUGUUUACAUUGAACAAGCUGCUUCUGUCUGUGAGUUCCCAUGGUGUUGAUGUUCCACUGCCACAAGUUAGUAUCUCUGCUUCUGAUUGGUUGUGUUAGGAUGAGCCUGCAAACGCCUUCUGUCCUCUUCUUGUCCAAUACCCUUUCUCUGACUGGCCCCAUUUCCGCCGUGGAGUGGCAGCUUUGUUCACCAUAACUUUUAUUUCUUUUUUGGUCUGUAGUGCGUGAUUAUGAAAUUGUUAAUUGUGAAUAGAAUCAAGAUUGUAAACUAAUUUUUAAUAGAAGAAAGAAAUAUAUACUUAUAAUGUAUUUAUGGCUCAGAUGUACUGUAAUUCAGAUUUAUUGUACCGCUUCCUUGAUUUUUAACUAUGCACUGUAAUGAGGCACUUGCCCCUCAGCAGAUGCAGCCUUUCCAGAAUGGUGCCCUUCAGUGAGUGGCUCAUCUGAAAAUCAUAAAAAAUCUGUUUUGUCCUUGAUUAGCCAAGGGGUUAUUGAAUGGCACUACAGAAUUGCUAUAUAAGCCAUUCUUUCCAUUUGUCUGGACUGAAUGCUGGGAUCUCCAUUUCUUAAUCACUGACUGCAUGAGACAUGACAAACUGUGAUCCUACAGUCCAAAGCAGGCUCUGAAUAUUUGGGUAACAGAGCUUUCAGAUGGCAAAUAAAUAAGAGUGAAAUAAAGUGAGAAAUGAGGAAAAGGUGAAAGGGUAUGUUUUUCCCUCUUUCUUCAUGGUGAACUGGUAACACCUGCCAGCCAAGUAAAUGAUACAUAAGAAGAGCCUUGCUUCUGGUCAGCAUCCUGUUUCCCAUGGGGCCACCAGAUGCCUCUGAGAAACCCACAAGCUGUACAAGAAAGCAGUUGAUCUGCAAGUGGUAAUCUAAGGUCCACUGCUGCUGAUUUGGAAAGUACAUACAGUAUAGCCAUUAUAACUAAUAGCCAUUGACCUACUUAUCCUACAUGUGAAAUCUCUUGUGAGCAGAGAAGAUUGGAAAGUGACCCAGAAAAGUUAAGACUCCUAAGUGUUAGACCCACCAUCAGUAGCCGUUGCUUCAUGACAUUACCAUAAAGGCAGGAAUGUAGAACACUUUACUGUAUUUAGUACCUUAAGUCAUAUCCCCAGUAGCCUCAGGAAUAGAUUUUUGGCCAUCUGGUCAUCCAACCAAAGCAAAAUCUCUUGUCUGAUGGAUAGCCUGGGUUUGUUUUGCAAGACCUAACAGAAAAAAGGUCAAAAGCAUCCUUGCAUUUUGACUGUCUGGGAGUACCCAGUACUCAGCAUCAGCAGAGCAUCUCUGCCCCAUUUUAAAUACUGCUCUCUGUCUGAGCAAAUUUGAAUAAGCCAUAGAAUAUAUAGCCAUUGCUAUAUAUUAAUGAUGUUAUUUUUUUCUAUUCUAUAUGCCUGUUUGCCUGCUUCUUACUUUCUUUUGAUUUUGCUGUGGCUUAGAAAUCUUGCUGCCUAUUCAGUGAUUAGCUUUUCCUAAAUUCAAAACCCUGAUAUGUCCAUGGGAAGGAAAUCAGUCUUGCAUAACUUAGGUUGAUUUAGACAAAUGGUUUCUGGAGAACAAGGCCAUCUGAUAAUGGUGAAUACAUGUGGAAACCUCAUGCUCCAAAACUAUGAGAAGGAUCCACUUUAUAAUUGAAAUACUUAUUAUAUCCUAAAGAGUGUAGUUCUUCAUACAGUAUACUAUACUAAAUGCAUCAUUUGCCGGAUGCAAUAUGGAUGCUCUUGUGCUAAUUUAUGUCCAGCAAAGUGACAGGGAGACACUAAAUAAGCAAUAGGAGCAAGAGAUAGCACUUUCGAGUGGGGACCAAAUAGCAUUGCUAAGUCCUCCAUCAGUAACCAUCUCUUUAUUCUGUUCUUCAGAAAGAUGAGACCUAUGGGGUUCAGCCAUCCCAUGUAGAUAAAAUACAACAGCCUUAAUUCUGUCCACAGUUAGAUUCUCUUCCCUUCAGGCUUCUUUAGCAUUAGCAUGUAUUUAAUUUGAAAUCAAAGGGCAAAAACACCCUGACAUUGCCUGGUUGUGGCCUAAUUCAUGCUGUCCAAAAGCUUAUUUGUCUGAAUAAUCCCCAUUCUCUUGAUAAAGUCUGUACAUAUCAAAAGCACCAUAAGGUCAAGGAAUUUCUUAUCCCAUCCUGAGUAUUUGAUUAUUUCUGGGAUGGGGGGCGUGAUCUGGAGCUUUCAUAAUAACAAUCCUGAUUUCAUCUGGCAGCUAAUACAAUUUCCAUGCUAUUAGGAAAGUUUACUAUCACAAUGUUUUGGCUAACAUGUCACUUGUAACACCUCUGUUUAGGAAGUUAUUAAAGUAUUGCAAGGCCAUUAGAUCUUCCUGUGAUCAGUCCAGAACAAAGUCUGUCCCAGAUGAAGUAUCUGCUAUUGACAAGUGCCUCAUUGUAGCUUUGCCUUUUCUGUCCUAGUAUUUCCUUACCACAAUGAUGUUUACAUGUGAUUGCUAUAGAGCUUACUGUAGAAUGUACAUAGUGACACAUUUAGGGUGGGUAGGACUGUCCUGUCCUGUGCUGUACUGAUGUUUUCAGAGAACAAUCAAACAACAAAAAAAUAAUAACCACCCCAGCAACUAGUAAGUGGAAUUCUUCCAUCUCCUGGCUUGGUUACAAGAGAUAUCAAAGUUCAGAGCUGGGUUUGGUCAGAGAGAUGGAAAAUGCAUCAAAUUUUAAGUGUGUUGAAAGUGUUGAAUGCAGCUGGAAAGAAAGAGGAAAAACAGUCCUUCUGCUAUUUGGAAGGUGCUGCUUCUAGCCCAAAUAGCUUGCAAAUGUGGCUUAUCUGCUUUUAUAUCUCAAAUUAUUUUUAAGAAGCUGGACUUGCCAGUGAUAUUAGGGCAUGCACAGCAUGCUCUUUGAAGGGAAGGAAGAUCCGGUAAUGCACAUAGCCUCUCAAUCCUAGCUGUAGGGAGAGGUGCAAUAAGUGAUCUUUGUUUUGCCUGAAGCCUAUAGAAAUAUAUUUUUUGUGCGAGAAACUUCACUAGGACUUUAUGCAAUAUGCACAUAUGUGCACAAACGCACACAUGUAUGGGAGGAAAAUAAUGGGCAUUGAGCCCUUCAGCAUCUGCACAUUUAGCAGUGUUGAAUGUAGAACCUGAGUGGGAUGGUUUGCAAAGCACGCACAUUUGACGCUGGUUACAGCUACAGUACCUGCAGCUUAUGUUAAUUGCUAUUGGAAGCACAGCUAGUUUGCAUCACCCACACAGGCAGCAAUGUAUGAAAAUCCUUUGUUCGUAUUUAUUCUUACAGUAACUUGGGAAGUUGUAGUCUGUGACAGAAGAAUUUUAGGCAAACGCCUGGCAGAGUAUUCCAGGAAGAACAAAUACCAUCCUGAGUCUUUUAAAGCAGAGUGGUAUACAAAUGUUUGUAUAAUUCAUUAAAAAGUUUUGGUAUGUAGAACACUCAUCUGCAGUGCUCCGUAAAUAUUUUAAGGAGUGAUUAUGAAAGACUGCUGAAGAAAGGCCAAUUUCCAUAUAACAGAGGAAGUGGUAAGAUCAGAUGGGUAUAAUACCCUGCUUUGUAUUCAUUUCUCUGAAUAUCAGAAUAACUACAUAAUAGACUUACUUGUGAUCCACUAAACUAAGUGUGUCAUCCAGUCUCCUGGUUGUGCUCCUUGCCUAGGAGUGUGAAAAACCUCAUAGGCUUGGAUAGGUAGCUGAUAUUCUGUGAUUACCUUGGUGGGUCUACAGGUCUACUAUACAACAUGGGCCUUUUUUCAUACAGUAAAAGCACUAUUUCUUUUCCUUAGGAUAAGGAAUUAAAAUGAGCUUUAUAUUUUGCUCCAGCCAUCCCUGCUGCCAAUGUGUUCUUGCAGAUUCCUCCUAAGCGCAGUUAUAUUCAGCACAUUUUGAUUUUCCAAGGAUAGUAUGUAGAGGUCCUCUGGCUAAAAAUGACUGUAUGCUACCUAUUAGCUUAGGGGAUUCAUUUCUGAAGUGAUCAUUUUCUUUGGCCCUUCUAUAAAGAAUGUGCUGCUGUGGUUCUUUCUGCAUAGACUUUUGCAAAGUUUGCCUAAAUCUCUACUGCUUUAAUUAUAUGCAUAAUGCCAACACCCCCACAUUCAAGGGGCAGGCCUAGCCAUAAUGAUGAGCAGCAGAACAAAUCAAGAUCUUGUGAAAACACAUGAGAAACCAAAUAAAGAGAAUUCAUUGUCCAGGGUUUUUCGGAACAAAAGGGUGUAUUAAGAAAGGCAAUCGUGAGGGAGACAUUUAUUUUUUUAAACAAAACUAUAUAUGUUUGUAGGUGUGUGUAUGAGAGAGAGAGAGAUCCCUCCUAAUUUUCUUUUGUAGAUUUGUUUUUUGUUUGUUUGUUUGUUUGUUUGUUGGGAAAUCAGGAGAAAUACCUUAAGAAUAGGAAUAAGUCACAAGCCAUUUAUUUUCUCUUGGUCCUUUAAUAAAGAUUGCUUUAUGUGAAAGACAAAUCGAUAUUGAUAAAUAAACUGAGAACUUUGGCAGAAGUAAAACAGCGGUGUUGUAAAGAGACUGCACAAGAAGAACUGGGUUCUGUAUCUUACUUUCACUGCCAGUUAUUGAAACAGUUGUCCUGUUUUCCCUCUCUGAGCUAUUCUACCUCCAUAAAACUGGUAUCAGCUUUGUCUUGUUUUUGUGAUGAACACUCAGUUUUCUCAGUAGCCCAUGUCAAAAAGCCAUACAGGAGUCUGUAUGAGUGUUUGCAUGGCUGUGUUUAAUAUGGCAUUCAUUUACUAUACAAAAAUAGGAAGUAGUUUAGCAUUUCCUCAGUUUAUUUUUUCAAGAGGAUAGUCCAUGUGUGACAUUCUUUAGCAGUGUAGGCAUACAAAACCUCUUUUACAUUUCCAUGUUUUUUGAAAUUUUUGCAAAGAACUAUUUCUUUCCCAUUUGUGUAACUUGAUUGUUUUUUGAUAAUUCCCUACAAUAUAUCAUUGAUUCCUAUGUAUCAUUUGGAAACAGCCCAUCCAUGACAUUCUUGUGUAUGAUUUCAGGUACCUCUUUGUUCUAAAGGUGCUGUUCACCCUCCUUCUCAAAAACAACUAGGGGCUUAUGCAUUCUGCAUUGUAGCUGUCAUUAACAGCGGCUGAAGAAUGUGAACUAACAGUGAGCAGCUGCAAAAGGGUAUUGCUAAUUAAUUCUAAGAUAAAUGUUGUAUGAAUGUAAUAUAUAGAAAGAUAUUUGGUCCAUAUGUUGAGCAUAAAAUGGCUUAGAUGUCACAGCCUGUGUGUAAGCUCACAUGUUGAAUUGAAUCUCCCUGUAGUCCCUACAUAUGGAAACCAAGCAAGUUAAAUUUUUGGAAUAUUAGUGAAUAUUAGAUCAGGUUUUAAAUGCCCCAGUUUUAAUAUUUGAAUCUCACUUAUGCAAAUCUCUAUAAUUAAAGGCAUCACCUUGUCACUCUAAGAUUCAACCCAGGUAAUCCAGAAAGCAUGCCCACAUUAUGUGCAUCGAUCCUAGGUUCAUUUGUCUGUGAUAGCCAUGUUGUACGUCAAGUCAGGCUAUGAACCAGUGUGUGCAGAAAGCUGUACAAAAGUAGGGGCUGAUCCAUUUUUCUGUUGCAUUUGCAUUGCUGCAGCCUCUCAAAGCAUUUGGCAGCUUUUGAAGAGACUAGACCUCCCCAUCUGCACAGAAUUCUGCGUGCAUCAAAAUGCACCUGAACCAGUUCAUAAAGGUGCUGCAUUUUUAGAAGGGUUACUUUACCACUGAAAAGCAGAUUUCCUGCAAUAGUUUGAUCUUUUUUUCUUUCUUCCAUUUCUUCAUGGGUAUGAUACCAAUUGCAAGACAAACUCCUGGAAAGCCUGAUUUUAGUACAGGGGUUGGUACUUUAGGAAGCAUAAUUUCAGACAAAGAUGAAUUCAUACCCCUCUUUGCCAUGUGUGUUUAUGUGUGGAUGUGAGGCAGAGCAUGUGAAGGAGGCUAAAUUGAUGCAUUUUUAGAGAAAGGUGUAAGAAUUUCACCUAAAAGAGGGGCACAUUUGCUGUAAUUUAUAAUAAAAAUUAUAAAAUAAAGGUUUUACUGAGGGUUUUUUUUCUCUAUCUUUUUUCUUUUUGGAUAACACUGCUAAUAAUUAGAAGGGCCCAAUUCUGCUACGUUUUUACAGGUAUUAACUAAGUGGUAACUUACUUCUGGGUAAGUAAAGGCAGCAGAAUUGACCCCUUUUGUAAUCAAUACAAUCAAGUUUUUAGUUUGAUGUUUUAAAAGAGUAGUAGAGGAUUUUAAUAUUUCACUUAUUUUCCCCCAGUUGUGUUUUGUUAUGUCCUUAUUUAUGUAAUAUACUUUAACUUUAACUGGCAUACAUUUUAUGCCUUUCUUUUGUUAUUGUCAUUUUUUAAAUAAAUAUUUCUUUCUAGUGUGAUUUCAACGUCAACCUUCUAAAUGAGAGAAUGUUUUCUUGUAUUUUUACAUUGUCAGAUUCUAUAGUUUCGUAGAUGAUUUAACCAAAUUGCUCAAUGUAUUCUCUAUAUCUAUCUAGUGAGUAUAUAAAAGUUCUAUUUUAAAUUAUGUAAAUACUUCAGAACUGGCUUCUUUUUGAGACUCCCCCAUUGCGGAGUUAAUUGUUUACAUCACAAAGACUGUAGAAUCUCUACAUUCAUGUACUGUAAAUAGUGAAGUGAUCUGCCUAUAAAUAAAUAAACCAUAACAAACAUACCAUAAA